AUGGUUGGGCCACAGCAGACACCGCUCAGCGAUGAACUGACCACCACCUACAUGGACAAAGCACGACAAGCAAGUACCAUCUUGGAAUGUCAGCAGAAACUGAAAGCUUCUCUUAAAAGGAAGUUCCACUUUGUGCCUGAGGGCAUGACGACAGAGGAAAACCAAAUCCCGCUCAAUAGCAUCUACACUGAGCUCUUUAUCACUGAAGGACGAGGUGGGGAAGUCUGUCAGGAACAUGAGAUGAGACAGAUCGAGAAGUUCACCAUGACAAGGGUGGCCCAAGAGAAGUCAAUCGAUUGCAACUGUCUUUUCGAUCCUCUGCCGGGUCAAGGCCACCAGAUAAGAAGAGUGAUCACAACGGGAGUCGCUGGCAUCGGUAAAACUGUGUCUGUAAAUAAAUUCACACUGGACUGGGCUGACGACUGGGCAAAUAAAAACCUACAAUUUGUAUUUCCCCUCAGUUUUCGAGAGCUGAAUCUGAUGAGUAAGCAAACCUUUAGUCUAGAGCAGCUUCUACACGUCUUCUUCCCUGAAGUAAAAGACUUGGACAUCCUCACCAACGAUAAACACAACAUACUGUUCAUCUUGGACGGUCUGGAUGAGAGUCGCCCCCCUUUAAACUUGGACAGUGAAAUACUGUCUGACGUGACAAAACCAUCCAAGAUAGACGUGCUUCUGGUGAACCUCUUCAAGAGAAAGCUUGUUCCUUGGGCUCUUGUUUGGGUAACGUCACGUCCAGUAGCUUCCAUUCAGAUCCUACUCGAGUGUUUUGAUCUGUUUACAGAGGUACGAGGCUUCAACGACGCCCAGAAAGACGAGUACUUCAGGAGGAAAAUCCGAAAUGAGACCGUAGCAAACAGGAUAAUCACACAUGUGAAAUCCUGCAGGAGUCUCCACAUCAUGUGCCACAUCCCUGUUUUCUGCCGGAUGACCGCAAAUGCUCUUAACAAGAAUCUGUCAUUGACAGACAUGAUCAACGCACCAAACACUCUUACAGAAAUGUACUUACGCUUUUUGGCCUUUUCCGUGGAAACAAUGAAGAAAAGGUUACCUAAAACAAUAGACUCACAUGUCGACUUCAUAAGAGAGAACCUGAUGUCACUGGGUAAACUGGCCUUCAAUGAACUGGAGAAGGGAAACCUGGUCUUCUACAAGAGAGACCUGAAGGCCAAUGGUAUAGAUGUUUCACAGGCUUCAUUGUUCUCAUUCUACACACAGAUCUUCAAAGAAGAACCUACAGUCUGUGGUGAGAAGACGUUCUGCUUUGUGCAUCUCAGUGUUCAUGAGUUUUUUGCUGCGUUGUACGUCUUUCUUAGCUUCCACAACGACAACAAAAAUGUCCUCUUGAAAAAGUCUUCUGCUUCACGUUUUCCAAUGAGAGACAAAUCAGAAUUCAUCCUCUACAGAGAAGCUGUCAAAAAGGCUUUGCAGUACGAGAAUGGACAUUUUGACAUGUUUCUCCGUUUUCUCCUGGGUCUGUCUCUGGAAACCAAUAAGAUUCUGUUGAAACAUCUGAUGACCAGUGACAGAACAAAACCAAAGACAAGACAAGAGAUCAUAAAGUACAUCAAGGAGAAGAUCAGAGCGAGUCCAUCCCCAGACAGAUGUCUCAAUCUGUUCCACUGUCUGAAUGAGUUGCAUGACCACUCUCUUAUGGAGGAGAUCCAGAAUUUCUUCAGCUCAGGUGGUCUGAACAGAGCUGAACUCUCACCUGCUCAGUGGGCCAUCCUGUCCUAUGUGUUACUGACAUCAGAGGAAAAGUUGGAUGUGUUUGAGCUGAGCAAGUACACUAGGUCCGAGAAAGGUCUUCAUGGGCUUCUGGAUGUUGUCAAAGCAGCUCGAGUUGCAAAUCUGAAUGCUUGUAAGCUCACUGUGAACUGCUGCGAGAAGCUGUCAAGUGUCAUCAGCUCUUCACAAAUCCAAGAGCUUGACUUGAGUAACAACAACCUGAGAGAUGAAGGACUAAUACUGCUCUGUGGUGGACUCAUGAACAGCAAACUGGAGACGCUUCGACUGAGGAGCUGCAACCUAACAGAGAAAAGCUGCGACGCUCUUUCCUCAGUCGUCAAAUCGGUCUCCGGCCUCCUGAAAGAACUAGAUCUCACCGACAACGACUUUGAGGAUGUGGGAGUCAAAAAGCUUUGUGUUGGACUGGGGAGUCCUCACUGUAAACUGGAAAUACUCAAUUUGUCCAUGUGCAGAGUCACCGAAGAAGGGUGCACAUUCUUGGUUUCUGCUCUGAACUCCUGCAGUCUGAGACAGUUGGACCUGAGCUACAACCACCCAGGAGACGACGGCCUAAAACUGUUGAAGACGAUGGAGAGAGACCCUCAGUGCAAGCUGGAGAAACUCUGUGCGGAACAAUGCGGUGAAUCCAGGGUUCAGCCAGGUUUGAGGAAAUAUACAGUUCAACUCACCCUGGACCCGAACACCGCACACAGAGACCUUCAGUUGUCGGGGAACAAAAAGGCAAGACCGCCCAAGCGUACCAGCGACCAAGACAGAGCCGACUUCCAGACCCAGGUGUCGUGUUCCCAGGGUCUGACCGGACGCGCUUACUGGGAGACGGAAUGGAGAGGGAUGGCUUCGAUGGGAGUGGCCUACAGACGGACGUCCACCAAGGGUGAGGGUGGGGACAUCAGGACGGGCCAGAACGACUCCUUCUGGGGUCUGAACUGCACCAAAGGCAAAUACCAGGUUCAGCACAAAGGUACCAGCACCCCAAUAGAAGACCAAGAGCCCUCCCACAAAGUAGGAGUCUUCCUGGACUGGUCUGCAGGGACUUGUUCUUUCUACAGUGUCUCCUGUGGUGACCGGAGCCACAUUCGCACCCUCAACAUCGCCUUCACGGAGCCUGUUUACCCAGAAUUCCACCUGGCCUGGAAGAAUUCCUCAGUCUAUCUGAACUGA